GUAAGUACCGUACAGCUCAAUUAGUGCAACCUCGGCAAUUGAAAGAAAUCCGAACGAAACAGGCACCUACCUACCUGUAUUGUACCUCCUAAGCUUUCAACUGUUUACCUAUUUUAGGUACCUUAACCUACCUGUAGCUUAGCUAUACGCAAGUAAGAAAAAGAAAAAAGCCCGAUUUGUUCUCAUUCGUCAUUUCUAUCUUACAACAUCUUUUUUUCUCUCUCUCUCAAAACCAAGACAUAACCCGGGAACCAGGUUUGACCAAGCCCAUACAAUCGCUCAUCACCAAUCACCUCACCCUCGAUCCUCGAAUUUCUUGUCCGUAAGCCACAAACGGCCAUGACAAACCCAGAUACUCCAACCAAACCGGUCCAUAUCCUCUUUGUAGGUGCUGGCGCAGUAGGCUGCUUCUACGCAUCCCGGCUACACCAUCCUUCCCACAACAUCUACACCUCGCUCGUCGCCCGGUCCAACUACUCAGCUAUCGCCGCGUCUGGAGUCAUACUGGAGACUCGCUCAUUCGGCAAUUAUACCUUUUCGCCCUAUGCCGUGUUUCCCUCCAUUGCGCACGCCGUCCCGACCCCGUCGGUUACAGCUAGUCCCGCACCUACACGGCCAACCCCGACAGAUGGAUGGGAUUAUAUCGUAGUAACUACCAAAGCUCUUCCCGACCGGUCCGACGACGCAGCUACCGUCGCACCGCUAAUCUCCGCCAAGACCUGUAUAGUCCUGAUACAAAAUGGCGUGGGCGUAGAGGAGCCGUACCGCGACCGAUUCCCGCAAAAUCCGAUUGUGAGCGCUGUUACAGUCAUUAGCGCCGAGCAGGUCAGGAAUGGUGUCGUACGGCAGAACAGGUGGACGAGAAUAAGCCUGGGACCGUACGGCAGUGGACUCGGCACACCGCUAAACCCGAGCGGUGAGCCAAGCGAUGUCGUGAAACGAGGCCACCAACACAUGGAUCAGUUAGCGCGAUGGUGGACUCGGCAUGGCGGUAUUCGCGACGUCGAAACCCACACUGAGCUCGAACUACAAACCAUCCGAUGGCAUAAGCUGUGCAUCAACGCCGCCUUUAACCCCACAGCCGUGCUAUCCGGCGGCCGUGGCAACGCCGACCAGCUGACCGAUCCAGAGCUGCGCGAACACAUCCAAGGGGUCAUGAACGAGAUCUGGAACGCCGCGCCCAAGGUCCUGGGAUCGCCGUUCCCAGACAACCUGGCCAAACCCGACAAGAUCAUCAGCAGCACCGAGAGGAACCCCGGCGCUAGACCCAGCAUGCUGCUGGAUUGGGAGGCUGGUCGGCCCAUGGAAUUAGAAGUCAUCCUCGGAAAUCCCAUCAGGAUUGCCAGGAGGGCUGGUGUGGAUAUGCCCAAGUUGCAAACGUUGUACGCGCUACUGAGGAGUAUGCAAAAGGUUCGGGAUGAGCGGAAGGCUAAGGAAAAGUUGUAGAGGAUUCUUUCUUUCUUUCUUUCUUCUUUUUUUUAUCUCUUACGAGGCGUCGAAUGUGUGUGUGUGUGUGUGUGUGUGUGCUUCUCAACUUUAGCGUUCGACGAGGAUCAAUACCCACCCAAAGAAAGGCUGCCUCUGUUUCGCAGAGUGUUUAUUAGACCAUAUUAUUGCAAUUUAGGUAAGUAGUAUAUAUAUAUAUAUAUAUAUGCAUUUCUGCCUCAAUGGUAAGUCAUGGUGACUUUCAUGAGGUAGUCUCCAUGGAAUUGUAUACCAGGUAACUUCGGAAUUCAUAGAAAAAUAUAUAGCAGCGCUUUAUUUCGGCAGUGUUAUAGUUUAUAUAGGAAGUUUCUCUCUCUUAUAGUUCAAAGGCAGCUAGUAGAAGCCAAGGUCAACGGGCUAUUAUUGCCUUAUAUCGUCCUGUCAGGGUUACAUAAAUCCACAAGGUGUAUAAUUGGGAUAGCAGGUAUCGUCUAGAUGGGAGUGAGGUAGUACGUAGGACAACUACAGGAUAGGAGGUAUCUAGGCUUAUAGACAAACAGCCGUAACCCCUUCUUAUCUAAUAUAGCAUGUAAAGUAAAGUCGAUUGGAUAUUAAAUAAAACUUAAACCUUAGGAGG